UAUUUUCUCUUUUAAUUAAUUUGUAUAUACCUAAAUCUGGCAAAGAGUAUAUGCUGUGGGCAAUUUAAGGUGUUUGUUUUGAUAACUGAGUCAGAUGAGAGAAAGGACAGGGAGUAGUUGGRAAUGGGAAUUAUAAAACUUCUGUACCUUAUGAAAUCACUCGAGUUGUGCUGWCAGCUUUGGAAAUAGCUGCAUUUUAUGACUUGUACUUUUCUAAUUGCUCUGCUCAGAGGUGCCGUACCCAGGGACCUCUCAGUGAUGAAGUUGCACUGUUUGCUGACAUCCCCUUCCUGUCCUCCCCCUCUGUGCAGUGGAGUUCUGGAUUUGGAAGGAUGAAUAUUUAAACAGCACUCUUCAGACUUGCUCCAAAAUGUCCCUGUGCACAUCAUCUCACAAGGACUUUUCUCAGUUGCUGCCACUUCAGGAUAUUGGAUGCAAUAAAACAGAAAUUAAAAAUUCACCUGCUGGUGUCAUCUCUCCAGUCCCCUACAGCUGCAAUCAGCCCACGCUGUCAGAAGAACACAGUCCAGUCUACAUUCCCUCCUCUUACCCGGAAAACAGACAUGAAUAUUCUGCAAUGGCAUUCUGCAGCCCUGCUAUGGUGAACUACAACAUUGCCAGCAAUUUUGGGGAUCCAGAGAGCAUGGCUGGCAGGCAAACCUCCAGCCCCAGUGCUCUGUGGUCUGCUCCUGGCCAUCUGUCCCCUCUGACACUGCACUGCCAGUCCUCGCUGCUCUAUGCAGAGCAGCCCAAGAGUCUGUGGUGYGAGGCUCGACCGAUGGAGCCGCUGCUGCCCGGGAGCAGAGAAACUUUAAAAAGAAAAGUUAAUGGCAAUGAUUGUACAAGCCCCAUUGCAAAUAAUCCUGGCUCAAAAAAGGAUGCCCACUUCUGUGCAGUCUGCAGUGACUAUGCUUCAGGAUACCACUAUGGGGUCUGGUCCUGUGAAGGCUGCAAAGCAUUUUUUAAAAGAAGUAUUCAAGGACACAACGAUUAUAUCUGCCCAGCCACCAAUCAAUGCACAAUMGAUAAAAACCGGCGCAAGAGCUGCCAGGCCUGCAGGCUACGGAAAUGCUACGAAGUGGGGAUGAUGAAAUGUGGCUCGAGAAGGGAACGCUGCGGGUACCGAAUCCUGCGGAGCCACCGCAAUGCCGACGACCGCGUGCACUGCCUCGGGCGGGCCAGGAAAUACAACGAGGCGGCCACCAGGGUCAAGGAGAUCCUGCUGAGCGCUGUGAGCCCCGAGCAGUUCGUGCUGACCCUGCUGGAAGCUGAGCCCCCCAAUGUGCUGGUCAGCAGGCCCAGCAAACCCUUCACCGAGGCCUCCAUGAUGAUGUCCCUGACCAAACUGGCGGACAAAGAGCUGGUGCACAUGAUCGGCUGGGCCAAGAAAAUUCCCGGCUUCAUUGAUCUCAGCCUCUAUGACCAAGUAAGACUCUUGGAGAGCUGCUGGAUGGAAGUUCUAAUGAUUGGUUUGAUGUGGAGAUCAAUUGACCAUCCUGGGAAACUGAUUUUUGCACCAGACCUYGUAUUAGACAGGGAUGAGGGGAAAUGCGUGGAGGGGAUUUUGGAGAUCUUUGAUAUGCUCCUGGCCAUGACCUCGAGGUUCCGAGAGCUGAAACUGCAGCACAAGGAGUACCUGUGUGUCAAGGCAAUGAUCCUCCUCAAUUCCAGCAUGUUCCCCUUGUCAGCAGAGGAACCUGAGAGCAACAGGAAACUGCACCACCUGCUCAACGUGGUCACGGAGGCCUUGGUGUGGGUUAUUGCCAAGAGUGGGAUCCCCUCUCAGCAGCAGACAACUCGCUUGGCCAAUCUGCUGAUGCUCCUCUCGCAUGUCAGGCACGCCAGUAACAAGGGAAUGGAGCAUCUCCUGAGCAUGAAGUGUAAAAAUGUGGUGCCAGUGUAUGAUUUGCUGCUGGAGAUGCUGAAUGCUCACACGCUCCGAGGGCAAAGGAAGUCCCCGGCCACACACCCAGAAUUUGGUCCCCUGGAGCAAAUGGAGCCUGGAGACAGCCUGAGGAACGGGACACCCCAGUAAUUGUGUCAACACCUGGAAAUGUGAGGCUUUUUCAAAGCAACAGGAGAAAACAGAACUGCUGCGCUGGGUGCAGAAGUGUGACCUGGUGUGGGCUCUCAUCCCUGCUGGAUUGGCACUUUGGUGUCUCGGGAGAGCCGUGGGACGCUCACCUCGUCCGUGUUUCUGACAUUGUCACAGCUGCACUGCAGUAGUGCCUUUUCUGAGACUCUGCAAAAGCACCUUAUGAAAUCAAAGCCUCAGAACAGCACUGUGGGAUGGGGAAUCGCUGCCUCUCCUCCUCAGAGCACAACUGAGAGGGAGAGGUACAGGGACAGGUUUGAGGUGGCUGAAGAAGCCUGAGCCAGAGCUCAGAGAGGGCACCUUGGUCUCUGCCUCCAGAUUUAAGCACUGACUGGACAAUGUCCUCUUUCAGCAUGGGAUGGAACUGCAGAAGAGAAUCAUUUGGGACAGACGUGUGCUGGUCCCUGGGGAAUGCCUGCUCUGCAGCUGAUCCAGAUAAAGUGCCGCGAUACAGUGAAAAGGAGCUUUUUCCCAAAUAUGCAAUGGCUUCAAGGGCCUUCAUUUGAAGGUUGUUUAAAAUAGCUUCUAGGGUCAGUUCAGAGCCUCUGCAGAAAGUUUAAACUGWGCUUAAGUUUGUAUUUUGUGAGCCUGUCCUUAACACUCACAUCAUUUUCUGCUUAUAAUUCUUCAGUGCUUUAAGCAACGACCAAAUCAUCUGGAUAUUUCAGUCAAUGCCAAACCUUUGAAAUGUGUUUUGUCUGUGAGAUUAACAUGUUGUUUUAUAUAUUUAUUAAUGAUGUUAAAUCUAUGCUAAUGAUUAGGUACAAGAAGUUGCUCUGUGAAUAUUAACUGUUUGUAUUUGUAUAUGAUCUGCUGAUUGUAUAUGAUCUGCUGAUUGUAUAUGAUCUGCUGGCCUUGCGAAACCAGCUAAAAAAAAACAAACAAACUUCCCACCCCUUUGACUGGUGUGUGGAAUUAUGUCCUGUCCACCCGAAAUCUCUUGCAGGGGGUGAGGCACUGGAUGGGAACAUGGAUGGGGAUCUGUUUUUGUCUGCUGCCCUGAGGUUUGCUGCUUGCUUGCUCUCAGCAUGCAUGGCACCCUGUGCUGUGGUUUUCAUAUCUCUAUAGGAGCCCUCAAAGAACGAGGAUGGGGAUAACGGUAAAUGUGAUGUAGAGAUGGGGAUAAUGAUAAACGUGAAGAAACGUAGAGAUGGGGAUAAUGAUAAAUGUGAAGACAAUGUAGAGAUGGGGAUAAUGAUAAAUGUGAAGACAAUGUAGAGAUGGGGAUAAUGAUAAAUGUGAAGACAAUGUAGAGAUGGGGAUAAUGAUAAAUGUGAAGACAAUGUAGAGAUGGGGAUAAUGAUAAAUGUGAAGACAAUGUAGAGAUGGGGAUAAUGUAAAGCACUACUUUGCUUUGCAAGUGUGAUGACUUGUUUGAAUUACACUGAAGAUGUAGUGGUUUAAACUUCCUUGUUGUGCUGAUUUCUGCAUGUGUUUAAGCUGCACUGAGUAAAAAAAAACCUGAUUAAAUAGCCUGGCUGAUGACCCCAGAGAUCAGCAGGGUGGCAUCAUUCAUUCUGACAACUGUCUAUCUAAAUGGAAACAUUUAAAUAUAGCACAUGCAUGUUCUGGGCAUUAUGGUGAAAUAAAUUUGAAUCACAUCAAAAGUCUAUUUUGAGCCAAUAAGUCUUUUGGAUUAGGGACUUUGAUUAGUAUGUCAUUUGCAUACUUUGAAUAUUAGUCAAACCAUUAAACUUGAUGGUUUUUUAAAGCCAAGGACAAUAUUUUUUAUAGGAGGUGCAUAAAGAGUUUUCAGUGAGUUAACACAAAUCCGUUUGUCUGUUCUGAUCCUGUACUAUACCAGAUGCUGCUGCUGAUCUAAAUUUUUACUCACUGCCUUUUUAUUGUUUUUAAAAAUUGUAAUAUAGCAGUGUCCUUCUAAAGAAGUGUAGUAUUUGCAACAAAAA